GCGGGUGGGAAAUAUUAACCUCCAAUAAACCGAGGAGACACGCGUUUCUCAUGACCCCUGAUAGUUUAUUCUGAUUUCUCUGAAUAUAUAAAUAUAUAUUUAUAUUUAAUAUACACGAUGGCUGGUAGCCGAGUUGAAAAGGUCGGGACUGUUUUUACUCGGGUUCGAGAUCUGAUGCGCUCUGGAGUGGUCAAAGAGUCCAACAAGCCUGUUUGGUUUGACGUCUACGCGGCGUUUCCUCCGAAGAGAGACCCUGUGUACGUGAAACCGGUGAGACGCGUGCGACCAAAAACCGAGGAGAACGUCCCGGAAAUCUUUUACAAGGAGGAUGAAAUACGAGCAAAGUUCUACCAGAUGUACGGAAACGGACCUAAAGCUUUCGAUCUCACAAAAACCGGCUUUGUGUCGACCUGCCAGAGGUUUGUGGAGAAGUACAGUGAACUGGAGAGCCGAGGAGAUCUGAAGCCAGAGAUGCUUCUCGAGGAAACAGCAAAGGCUCUUCUUGCAGAUGGUGUUGUGCUCAGGAGGCGAGCUGGUAGACCAGCUGUGGCAGCAGAGACCCACAAUCCUGUUCUGGCCAUGAAGUUAACCGAGAUGUUGGCUGAACACCAAAAAGACACACAGACCCCUGAGGAGUACACACACACCCCUCCUCCUGACUCUUCACACACCUCAUAGCAUGAAAGACUUUGUUCCUCUGUUUUUCACGAUCAGGUGUUAUGAAUAUAAAAGAACAAGUUUGAUGACCACUUCA